AUGCAAUUGGCCAGUGUGCAAGCGCGGCCCCAUCGGGCGGCUGAGGAGAGAGAAGAGCCGCCCCCAGGCCCCGCCCCUCCCUCCACUCAUCACUCUGACCACCAGUUCAAGAAUAUGAAGAGCAAGUUCUUCAACGAACUCACCCACAUGCCAAAUCAUAAACUCAAAAUGCCCAUGUGGGCAAUAGGAGCGAUAGUGGUGGUGGUGCUGGCUCUGGUGGUCUGUCUAUGUUUCUGUAUCUGGAAGAAGUGCAUCAACAAGGGCAAGAAGCCCAAGAAAGCACGCGAGAGGAAAGGAGGCCGAGGCAGAAGAAAGAAGGAGGGAGCCGGAGAAGGAGAGGAGGGCAAGGAAGGAGAAGGUAAGGAAGGAGAGGAGGAGGAAAAAGAGAAUUUCGGAAAACUGGAGUUCACCCUGGACUACAACUUCACUGACAACCAGCUGAUUGUGGGUAUCCUGCAGGCGGAAAACCUGCCAGCCAUGGACAUGGGCGGCACCUCAGACCCCUAUGUCAAGGUCUACAUGCUGCCAGACAAGAAGAAGAAGUUUGAGACCAAAGUCCAGCGCAAGAAUCUCUGCCCAGUGUUCAAUGAAACCUUCAUCUUCAAGAUCCCCUACCAGGAGCUGGGCGGUCAGACUCUGGUCCUACAGGUCUUUGACUUUGAUCGCUUUGGUAAACAUGACGUGAUUGGACAGAUCUCCAUCCCCAUGAACAGUGUGGACCUGGCUCAGCCACUCCACGAAUGGAGGGAUCUGGUUGGAGGAGAGAAAGAGGAGGUAGAGAAGCUAGGGGACAUCUGUAUCUCUCUGCGCUACGUCCCCACGGCCGGUAAAUUGACCAUCAACAUCAUGGAGGCCAAGCACCUGAAGGCGAUGGACUGCGGAGGCUUGUCAGAUCCCUUCGUUAAAGUGGUGCUGCAGCACCAAGGCAAGCGGCUGAAGAAGAAGAAGACAACAGUCAAACAAAACACUCUGAACCCCUACUUCAACGAAAGCUUCAGCUUCGAGAUUCCAUUUGGCCAAAUACAGAAAGUCCAAGUGUUGAUCACGGUGUACGAUUACGACAAGCUGGGCAGCAACGACGCCAUCGGGAAGGUUUGGAUCGGCUUCGGUGCCUCAGGGGUGGGCCUUCGCCAUUGGUCAGACAUGCUGGCCAAUCCAAGACGUCCCGUAGCCCAGUGGCAUGCCCUGUGUCCUGAGGAGGAGGUGGACGAGGCCCUGAAGAAACCCAUCCGCUAA